AUUCACUAUAUCUGGUCUGCCGCAGUACACAGAACUUGGAAAUUAUUUUCGUAGAUAUAAACUGCUAAAUACCUUUUCUCCUUUAUCAGUGUUCAGCAGAGCACUGGUUAAAGCUUGUAGGAGGAGUUUUUCUUUCUGCUCUAGGAGGAUGCAAAACCCCUGAUCUCUGUCUGGACAGCGCUGAAUGGCCAUGUGCUCAUCACAUGUACUCUCCCCAAAAAAAAAAAACUUUUUUACAAUACACACUAAACUGAGCAUGUGCAGAGUGUCUCCACACGUAAUGUUUUAUCAGGAGAUAAGAGGGGGACACUGGAAGAAGGGGAGGAUCAGAGAAGUCAGGAUCAAACAGUGUUUUUACACAAUGUGGAGGAUUAACCCCUUAGAAUCCACAGUGAGUAUAACAAGCAUGCAUUACUGUAUAUACAGACUGAUUUUACUGUUGUGGGUAUAG